AUGGAUUUGGAACUUACACUGAAGCAUAUCCCCUGUAACUAUCGCGACGUCACAGGUGCGCCCCCUGUAGACACACUGCAUCUAUUGUUGAACUCCAAGUAUCCGGAGACGCUGACCCGACAACAUCGCCAAACGACAAUCUUUUUGUGGCAUUUGGUCACCUGCGAAGCGAUUUGUUAUCAACCAGCCCUAAACUUUAUUGACCUUAUCGACGUCGACGACCACCUCUCACCGAAGACCCACGAUACAGCUUUAGCUUUACCUUUGGCAUCGUUGAACAGCGAAUGGGCACUAUCUUGUCUUACGCAAGUCAACCUUUCGCCUUGGGUCCGAUUCUCCAAAACAGCUACCUCGCCGUCGGACCUUCAGAAGCUUUGCAUGUCUCCGCCGGAGCAGUCCACGACUUCAUCUAGCCAGCCGGCCUUAGACGAGACGCUGUCUAACAAACCCAAUGUCGAGUUGAUGUCUGUUCAGGACCCUGCGGCAGGGACGCCUGAAACUUCCGGUAGUCAUAGUCAUGGAUCGAGCACCAGGGACAACAACGGAAAGGGGGACAGUUUGAUCGAUUUUGGUGAUCAGGCAGCUGACGUUCCAUCACACGACCAUAAGGCUGACGCUGCUGAGCAAGGUCCCUUACAAAGGCUCAAGGAAAAGCAAGCUGCCGAUGAUUAUCAAGCUUCUAGCGGUUACCUGAAUACUCGCGCCUCAACAGCAGGCAAAAUCAAACCUAUUGCAUUACCGUCGUCGAACGAUACUACUACACAAUACCUCACCGCCGAGCCAUCCACUUAUGUUGACCCCACGCCUGCGACCCCAAUAACCUCUCAGCCCCCUUCGCGGACCCCUUCAAAUGCUGCACGUUCUAAUGUCUCUGGAGAUUCUACCCCUCCUAAAUCAGAUGCAGAGUUUGAUGAGAGACGAUAUGUAAGUGAAGAUGAGCAUGAAGGCGGUUCACAGUCCGAAAUCCAGAGCAUCAUGGAGCAGUUUAGCGAGUUUGGUGGCGGUCCUGGCGAAGAAGAAGUCAUGAGUCCCAGACUUGAGAUUGCCUCGCCGAUGCUAGGUCAUCCCGUUCAACAUCCUCCUCGAAAGUCUAGUCUGGAACCUCUUGUGCCUACGCUCUCUGGUCAGAUGCAGGGCCUACACAUCUCCACGAGUUCCCCUCCAGCUGAGACCCCAAACAACACUCGUGUCGAGGAUCUGGGGCCACCUGUCCCACCCAAGGAUGGUGUUCAUGGAACACCGCCACGUCCUAAAAUAGAGCGGAACAUGAGCGUUGCUUCUCCAAGCUCGCCAGCGCAGCCGCACCGGCCUCCACCUCCUGAGCCAGAGCCCGAACCUACUCAACCAUUUGAUUUCCACCGGUUUCUCGAGCAAUUGCGAAACAAAAAGGCAGAUCCUGUGGCAAGGUACCUCAAGUCUUUCCUCUCUGAGUUCGGCAAACGGCAAUGGAUGGUGCAUGAGCAAGUCAAGAUUAUAGGGGAUUUUUUGGCCUUUAUUGCCAACAAGAUGGCACAAUGCGAGGUCUGGAGGGAUGUAUCUGACGCGGAGUUCGAUAAUGCUCGAGAGGGGAUGGAAAAGCUGGUCAUGAACAGAUUGUAUACUCAGACAUUUUCGCCUGCAAUCCAAGCGCCUAAACCGAUCCCUGGGGCGAAGCCAAAGCGCAAGGGCGGCGAUAUACCUCUUGGCCCCGGUAGGCGAGGCCAACACCAAGAGGAUGUUGAGAGAGAUGACAUUGUCAGACAGAAGAUGAGCAUUUAUGGAUGGGUGAGGGAAGAACAUUUGGACAUUCCGCCAGUCGGCGACAGUGGACGUCGGUUUUUGAAACUAGCCCAGCAAGGUCAGUUCAAGAUAACAGACUGUCGAGCACCGCGAGACAAGAUCAUUUGUGUGUUGAACUGUUGCAAGGUGAUCUUUGAGCACCUGGUGUCUAAUGUGCAAUACAUCUUGCGCUUCAGGAACCAGGAAAAGCUGGGGGGUGAAGCAGGGUACUACUUGUCAUCGUUGAUGGGUGCUGUUCAGUUCAUUGAAAAUAUGGAUAGAACUACUCUAACGAUUACUGAUGAGGAGUUUGAGAAGCAUGUGGAAGAGGCCGUCUCAGCAAUUGCUGAAAAGCAUGCCCAAUCACCGCCAGGCACCCAGCAGCCAGUAUUCAACGAGAAGUCUGGGCCCCUUCCCGGAGAAACUUCUGCUCGUCCUUCUCUUGACGGACCACGCAGUUCAACUUCGAAUGACGAGUAUACGGGCGAAGAGAAAGCUGCCAUCACUGGUCUUCUCAAGACUAUACAGAAACCUCUUUCCAGCAUUGGGAGAAUGUUCUCUGACGACCCUGGUCCUUCCAUGGAUCCCGGACCCAGUAGUGCGCCUCGGACACCAGCGCCACCGGAGCGUCUCAGCCGUGAGGAGCCUCGCGAACAUCAGCAAGUACCUUCAAAACAUGCAUUAUCUGCUGAAGAGGCUGCCGCGCGGCAGGCGAGCGCUGAAGCAGCCGAGGCUCAGCGGCUUUCGCGUGCAGAGCAUGCGAAUGUUGUCGAAACAUUAGCAGGCAUGUUCCCCGACUUGGACAAGGAUGUUAUAAGUGAUGUGGUUUACGAGAAGGAGGGCAGGGUCGGCCUGGCUGUUGAUGCGUGUCUCGCGCUCUCAACAUAA